AUGGCUGUCGGAAAGAACAAGCGUUUGUCCAAGGGAAAGAAGGGUAUCAAGAAGAGGGUUGUCGACCCCUUCACCAGGAAGGACUGGUACGACAUCAAGGCCCCUUCCAUCUUCGAGGUCAAGAACGUUGGCAAGACCCUUGUCAACCGUUCCUCCGGUCUCAAGAACGCCAACGACUCCCUUAAGGGCCGUGUCCUCGAGGUCAACCUCGCUGACCUCCAGAAGGAUGAGGAGCACGCUUUCCGCAAGAUCAAGCUUAGGGUUGACGAUGUCCAGGGCAAGGCUUGUUUGACCAACUUCCACGGCAUGGACUUCACUUCCGACAAGCUCCGCUCCCUUGUCCGCAAGUGGCAGUCUUUGAUCGAGUGCUUCCAGGACGUCAAGACCACUGACGGUUACUUGUUGAGGCUCUUCGUCAUUGCCUUCACCCGCAAGAGGCCCAACCAGAUCAAGAAGACCACUUACGCGCAGUCCGCUCAGAUCCGUCAGAUCCGCAAGAAGAUGUUCGACAUCAUCACCAAGGAGGCUUCCACCUGCUCCUUGAAGGAGCUCCUCCAGAAGCUCAUCCCUGAGGUUAUCGGCCGUGAGAUCGAGAAGGCUACUCAGGGUAUCUACCCUCUUCAGAACGUCUACGUCCGCAAGGUCAAGAUCUUGAAGAGCCCCAAGUUCGAUGUUCAGAAGUUGAUGGAGCUUCACGGUGAUGCUGCUGAGGAGGCUGGUGCUAAGGUCGCUCGUGACUUCAAGGAGCCCGAGGUCCAGGAGUCCGUCUAA